AUGAAUUUGAAAUUGGUGAAAAUGUAGUAACAUACAUAGCCACUGACUGUAAUGACAACUCAGCAUUAUGCAAUUUUACUAUAAUGGUGUUUGAUUGCGAAGCUCCUGUUUUGAACUGUUCGCAAGAUGUAGAAUUUGAUGCUGAUGAUAAUUGCACUUCCGAUGUAACUUGGACUGAAGUGACAGCAACAGAUAAUUAUGAUAGUGAUGUAACUGUGUUCUGUAAUCCGACUGAAGGUAUUUUUCAAUUGGACAACUACACAGUAACCUGUAAUGCAACAGACAUGGCAGGAAACACUGGCAAUUGCUCCUUCAAUGUUUACAUUUUUGAUGUGACUUCUCCUGAUGUGAUGUGUCCAGACGAUAUUACUGUUGAUACUGACGAAGGUGUUAAUACCGCCCUAGUGUCAUGGACUUCUGCAAUCGCUACUGAUAACUGUUGUGAAGAUGAAAUUAUUGAGUCUUACAAUGCCACAAAUAGCACCGAAUUUAGCAUUGGAGUUACUGAAGUUCUUUUUACAGCAGUAGAUUGCUAUGGAAAUCAGAAUGAAUGUGUCUUUAUUAUCGAUGUUGAAG